AUGACGCCCCUUUGCACGGCAAGUUAUGAUCACAGAGUGCCUGUUAUUCGAGGGCUCAUUAAUAGUGGCGCCGACGUAAACGCCGUCGAUGACUGGGGAAACACGCCACUGAUGUGCGCUGUUUCCACCUUAUCAACUGACACUUGGCCUCUGCUCUAUAUAGACAGGGAAGGGCGUUACCCGUGCUAUCCUUGGAGGAUGACGGUUAUCCAACUACUCAUUGGUUGUGGCGCCAAUGUCGGCACCCAAAACGCACUAGAUAUCAACGCUCGCAACAGUUGUGGCCAGACGGCGUUUUACGCUGUUGGCUUGAAGAUACCAAGAUUGGCUUGUGCUGGGGAUGGAGAAGUUGUGCAGCAGCUACUGCAGAAUGGUGCUGACACGGAAGCAAAAGAUUCUCACAGAAGAACGACUCUUCACAUGUCGGCCUUGAACGGAAAGCUCGACGUCGUCGAGCUUCUUCUCACUUACAAGGCUGAGAUCGAGGCUGUGGAUGAAGAGGGAAGAACCCCCCUAUGGGUUGCCGCGUGGUCGGGGACGGCGGGGGUUGUACAGCUGCUGCUGGACCACGGUGCAAACUCGGAAGCCAUGGAUACGCACAGCCGGACACCCCUACAGGUGGCAGUCAUGAAAAGCCACGAUGAUGUGGAUUGGAUUCUUAGCUGGAGGGGGUCGAGCGACGCGGCCUGCGUGGGCCUCCAGAGAUUGUUUUCCGAGGCAGACGACGCGAGCGCUUACCCCCACCAAUCUCUUAAUCCUUAA